AUGCGAACCAAGUACAUCGAUGAAGUGAUCAUGGAGAACGAGAAGUCGAUCAAGCAGAUCGUUCUGCUUGGCGCGGGAAUGGACACUCGCGCACUCAGACUGCCUCUGGGUUCUGACACGACUGUGUUUGAGGUGGACCAGGCACAUCCAGUACAAGACCUCGAUGCUGCAGUCCGUGGCCAAGCACAUCACUCCGCGAUCCAAGGCCAAGAACUGUCAUGUCUCUGCCGAUCUCUGUUUUGCCGACCAGUGGACCACGGUGUCAAUGUGUGA